CGCUCGCAGAGGCUGGCGGCGCGCAGGCAGAGCGAGGCUGGCCGUCGGCGCAGCAAGCAGGCGCUGUCCGCCGUCCCUGGUGCUGAAAGCCCCGUGGUGCUGAAAGCGCCUCCGCUCGCUCGCUGCUGCUGCCGCCGCCGGUGGCCGUCGAGGGGCAGCGGCGGCUGCUGUGCUCCAUGGACGAGAUGGAAGAGGAGCUCAAGUGCCCGGUGUGCGGCUCCUUCUACCGGGAGCCGCUGAUCCUGCCCUGCUCGCACAACCUGUGCCAGGCGUGCGCCCGCAACAUCCUGGUGCAGACGCCCGAGGCGGACUCGCCGCAGAGCCGUCGCGCCUCGGGCUCUGGCGGCUCAGCCUCCGAUUAUGACUACCUGGACCUGGACAAGAUGAGCCUGUACAGCGAGGCGGACAGCGGCUACGGCUCCUACGGCGGCUUCGCCAGCGCGCCCACCACGCCGUGCCAGAAGUCUCCCAACGGCGUGCGCGUCUUCCCGCCGACCGUGCCGCCCGCCGCGCACCUGCCGCCGGCCUCGGCCGCUUCUCUGGCGCCGGUGCCGCGCAACUCCUGCCUGACGUGCCCGCAGUGCCACCGCAGCCUGAUCCUGGACGAGCGGGGCCUGCGCGGCUUCCCCAAGAACCGCGUCCUGGAGGGCGUCAUCGACCGCUACCAGCAGAGCAAGGCGGCCGCCCUGCGCUGCCAGCUGUGCGAGAAGGCGCCCAAGGAGGCCACCGUCAUGUGCGAGCAGUGCGACGUCUUCUACUGCGACCCCUGCCGCCUGCGCUGCCACCCGCCGCGGGGGCCGCUAGCCAAGCACCGCCUGUUGCCCCCUGCCCAGGGCCGGGUCAGCCGGAGGCUCAGCCCGCGCAAGAUCUCCACCUGCACCGACCACGAACUGGAGAACCACAGCAUGUACUGCGUCCAGUGCAAGGUGCCCGUCUGCUACCAGUGCCUGGAGGAGGGCAAGCACUCCAGCCACGAGGUCAAGGCCCUGGGUGCCAUGUGGAAGCUCCACAAGAGCCAGCUGUCUCAGGCACUGAACGGACUCUCAGACAGAGCAAAGGAGGCCAAAGAAUUCUUGGUGCAACUACGGAACAUGGUGCAGCAAAUCCAGGAGAACAGCGUGGAGUUUGAAGCCUGCCUCGUCGCCCAGUGUGAUGCCCUCAUUGAUGCCCUCAACCGGAGGAAAGCUCAGCUGUUGACGCGGGUCAACAAGGAACAUGAGCACAAGCUGAAGGUGGUGCGGGACCAGAUCUCCCACUGCACAGUGAAACUACGCCAGACGACGGGACUCAUGGAAUACUGCUUGGAGGUCAUCAAGGAGAACGAUCCCAGCGGAUUCCUCCAGAUCUCUGAUGCGCUGAUAAGGAGAGUCCACCUGACAGAGGACCAGUGGGGGAAAGGAACCCUCUCUCCAAGGAUGACAACAGACUUUGAUCUGAACCUGGACAGUGGGCCUUUGCUGCAGACCAUCCACCAGCUGGACUUCAUGCAAAUGAAAGCUUCCUCCCCAGUGCCGGCCCCCCCAAUCCUCCAGCUGGAAGAGUGCUGCACCCAGAACAACAGCGCCACCUUGUCAUGGAAGCAGCCACCACUUUCCGCGGUGCAAGUGGACGGAUACAUUCUGGAGCUGGAUGAUGGGAACGGUGGUCAGUUCAGGGAGGUGUAUGUCGGGAAGGAGACGAUGUGCACUGUGGAUGGACUCCACUUUAACAGCACCUACAGUGCUCGGGUCAAGGCCUUCAACAAGACUGGGGUCAGCCCCUACAGCAAGAUGCUGGUCCUGCAGACCUCCGAGGACUCCGAACCGGAGGAGCAGGCCCUGACUUUCCCAGUGCCUUUGGAAAGGCUGCAGCUGCGUAGAUCCAGCCCCUUCUCUUCCACCCUUAACCUGCAAAACAGCUUUCCGGGGAGAUCCUACUUUGAGCUCAGAUCCUCGUCCCACCAAAUGAGCUUGCACUCUUCUUUACAAUCUCUGAAUUCGGCCGGUUUUGAGGCUCAGUCAGGACCUUUCUCCCAAUUGGGCAAGUAUAUACUUCCUUCCACAUUUCGGUGGCAUUUGUUUCGGUCACUUGUUUUUAACCCUCGACUCCCCCCAUUCGUACGUGACAAGGAGAGACCCCCAGCUAUACACCCGAUGUUUAAACUAACACUAUGUUUGGUCCAGUCUGUCCCCCCCUACCGUGUUUGUAACACCUUUGAGGGGUGGGGGAAGAGGGGAGGCAGCCUAAGAAGCGAUUCUGAAAUGAGAAACAGCUGUUUUUAACUAGAGGACAAAGCCAUCAGCUCAUAAGAAUAUACCUGAAUUCGCAGAGCCUGCUAGAAUGCUUCUAGGGGGCGCCUUUGGAGGAAGGCUGGCUUAGAGCUUGUGACUGCCCCAGUCUGCCCCCUGCCUGGACAUAGCCUAGUUAAGCAGAGAUUUGAACCCAGAUCUCCCUGGUCUGAGCGAACUCUCAGCAUCACAUCACACCUGGCUCAAGGUGUCCGUCAGAGCCUCUGAAACUCAUAAGGGAUGGAUCGAGUUAUGGCACUAUGGAAGCAGUCCAAUAAACCUAGCUUGGAGUCAACCCUUUGAAGAAGUGAAAUUUAGACCUGGUUUUUCUUUAAUUGAGUGAGGGAUUCUACUUGGUUUCUUAGCCGAGUUGUGGGAAGGCAGGAGGAGCUAAAGGAAACCAGCCUCUUGCAGAAUUUGGUAGCCUUUCCUUGAGCCCUUCCCUGUCUGCAAAAGCUGUGUGGUCUCCGGUACACAUUAUGUAUAACCGUGCGAGGUUUCUGCUAAUGCCAAAUUGAUGUGCCAGCUUUGGCUGGGAGGGGCAAACUAAAGUAUGCAGCGAGGAGACCAAGCUACAAUGAAGCUUGCGGUUGGCGCUUUUGUCCUCU